AUGUCAGACACAAUCUACUACAACUCACUUAUUCUACCAACUAUUGAAGAAAUCAAAGCAUCCACUGAUAUUCUCUCAGAUGAUAAUUUAACCACAGUCGUCCGAGUGAAAGAACAUUUCGCAGUCAAGUACGGAGACCAUCUCCAUCUAAUCGAGGUCGACAACCUCCAAUUUCUCGCCGGCCAAAAUAUCCCCGUUCCAAGAGUCUAUUCAGCCUUCAUCGACCCAGAAACAAAUAUCCGCUACAUUAUCAUGGAAUAUAUCCCCGGCCAAAGCCUAGCAAAGCUCCUUCCAUCCUUGCAACCCGCCGAAAAGACCAAAAUCUGCAAAUUGCUCAAAGACACCUUCACCCGACUACGCGAAAUACCCUCACAAGGAUACCUCGGCGCCCUAAACCGCCAACCAUAUCGAAACGGAUUCUUCGUGACAGAAGACCAAGAACCCGGGAUUUCUGGCCCAUUCAGAAACCAACCAGAGAUGAAUGUCACGAUCCUCAACAUAUUGUCCUACUUCGCGAGACCUGCGUACAUUCGAUUCAUACGGGAGAUCAUUAAUCGUACCUUUAUUGGACACCGAACGGUGUUUACACAUGGAGAACUGAGAUCGAAGCAUGUCAUCGUUGAGCAAAUAGGGCUUUGUGAAGAUGGUAGUCCCGACUUCAAGAUUACUAUCAUCGAGUGGGAAACUGCUGGCUGGUAUCCUGAGUACUGGGAGUUCUGUGAAGCGAUUAUUGCCUGUGAACCGGGAUUUGACUGGUUAGACCAGCUGAGGGUGAUUUUCCCCCCUUAUCAUAGAGAGCUUUUGAUGUUGCAAAGCAUUCAUAGUACUGUCUGUUCUUAG